AUGAGCUGGAAUCUGCUCGAGCGCUUCAUCGAGUCCGAGCACUUUAACAAAGACCCUUCCCUGACCGUCGCCUACCUUGCGAGGUACGCCGAGCAUGUCGGAAUCCACUAUGUCCUCUGCAGCAAGCUACGACAGUUCAGCUACGAGGAGAUCGAGUUCUUUCUGCCGCAAUUAUGCCAUUUGCUCAUCUCGAUCGAUAAUGAAUCAAUGGCCUUGGAGGAGUUCCUCAUAGACUUGUGUGAAGAGUCGGUCAAUGGAGCGUUAUUGACAUUCUGGCUCUUCCAGACCUACCUCCACGAUCUAGCUCCUCAGCCGGCCUCGAAUGCUUUUCAGACUUGUCGCAGACUUUACAAUAAAGUGCAGAGGAUAGUCUUCAGUAGCGGAGAGCCUUUGAAGCGGGAGAAGAUACAAGAGAAUGUCUUGCCGGUCACCGUCCUUUCGAGCUUGGUGCUAGCGGGUAUAGCCCUACCAGUGCUGCCGCAGCAUGCCGGACCACUCGCCAUUGCGCAGGCGAGGCGACCACGACCGAUCGAGGAUCUCAUAUCCGAAGCUCUGCCACCGGCACAGAAGUUAGGCAGGAGCGCAACCGUGACAGGAAGCACAAGCACAUCGAAGAAAGUGCGUCCGGGCUCGAGCGAUUCGAAACAAGCUGGUCCACGAAGACCGAAACGACCGUCUGCGAUAGACGUCAGCGGAGUUGCAGCACCCCGGACACUGCCCAUCACACCACGUACAGAUGGCAAAAAGGCUUCUUCGCAUCGCCAGUCUCUUGCUGCGAUACGCAAUAGUGAGGCUUUCAGCAGUACGGCCUCACUACCAGUACACAAAGACGUGCCACCCGCUGCGAGUGUGCCCACUUCAGCUGGCGUACCACGACGACCGAGCGAGCCACCACGGCGGCAUUCCCACGCAUCACGACCUACGACACCUUCAACGGUGUCACGAUCACACAGAACUCGAAUGCUACGGCAGAAUUACUUUCGGAGUCAGACGCAAUUUCUGGCCGCAUUGGAAGGUAUUUCAUCUCGGCUAGUGUCAGUGCCUAAGCCUGCACGGCUCAGUGCGCUACGAGCCGAGCUGGCCCUCAUCGCUCAGGAUCUACCAGCAGAGGUCGACAUACCUCUCAUCUGCCCGGCCACUCUAAUAGACGGCUCAGCUAGUCGAAGUCGCCAUCACCGCAUCGUGCGUCUGAAUCCUGCCGAAGCGACAAGUCUGAACAGUGCUGAGAAAGUUCCAUAUCUACUCAUGUUAGAAGUGCUGCGAGAGGACUUUGAUUUUGAUUCCGAGAGUGAGCAGAACGUACAGCUCCUUGCCGAACUACUUUCCGAGAAGGGCAAGCCGAAACGGAGAUUGUUCGACACGUCCGACGCUGCACGAAAAGCCGCCAUAAAUUCACAGAAUGACACAACCAGCGAUAGUGUUCUUGAGCCUACCAACGGCGAUCUCUCCAGUGCAGCACUACUCAAAGAUGCCAAUCUUGAAAAGAGUGGUAGUCCUGUAAUGCGAGGUACCAGAGAACCACCAAGGCUUUCCAGUGGCGUGAGCACGAUAUCUUCAGAUCCUAGUCUGGCGACACCACGCAAUUCUGAAGGACCAGAUGCGGGCUCUGACAGCCCAGCUUUGCGAAGCUCACCCUAUAUCAAGCCUCAGAAUCCAACACAGUCAGACGUCUCCGCACUGGCCGAUCACAUGCGCAUGGCGUCACAAAUGCUAGCUCAACUCGAACUCAGCGCUGCCAAACGACCGAAGACUGAAGUGGCUGCCAUCAAGGCCAAGAUCAUUGCCAGCAUGCAGUCUCUGGAAGAACAGAGCUUUUUGAACGACGAUGCUUUAGGUACACCGAACUUUGACCAGAUCAUGGCCAAAGCCAGUGCGGCAGCCGCGCAGACUGGAGCCAAUGAUAUCGAGAACGAUGAGCUGGAUGUUCCCGCUGAUCCGGCUGUCAAUUCAGGUAAGGGAGCAGCACGGAUGGAGAACGAUGCCAUGACUGGUGGGAUCCAACGCGCGAACGGAGACCGAGAUGACCCAUCCGCCGCGACUUUUGGCGAGGCCUGGGAGCAGAAGAAAGAGCGAAUUCGACGGUCGUCACCCUAUGGCUGGGUCAAGAACUGGGAUCUUAUCUCCGUCAUCGUCAAGACUGGAGCGGACUUGAGACAAGAAGCUUUCGCUUGCCAACUUAUAGCCGUUUGUGACAAGAUCUUCUCCGAGCACAAAGUCGAUGUCUGGGUGAAGAAUAUGCGGAUCCUGGUUACUGGGGAAUCCUCCGGCCUCAUCGAAACAAUCACUAACGCCGUCUCCCUCCACUCCCUAAAACGGAGCCUCACCCUCGCCUCAAUAACCGCCGGCACGAACCCGAAGAAACGCAUCGCCACGCUCCAAGACCACUACGCCAAGACCUUCGGCCCCGUGGACAGUCCCGCCUACCAAGCCGCCAUAGACUGUUUCGUCCGCAGUCUCGCAGCCUACAGUAUCAUCUCCUACAUCCUGCAACUCAAAGACCGCCAUAACGGAAACAUCCUCAUCGACUCCGAGGGCCAUGUGAUUCAUAUCGAUUUCGGCUUCAUGCUCUAUAAUUCCCCCGGGAACAUGGGUUUCGAAGCCGCGCCCUUUAAACUCACCUCCGAGUAUCUCGAGCUUCUCGGUCCCGUGGACGGGGCACCGUUCACGUUGUUCAAGGACCUGAUUAAAGAGGCUUUUCAGGCUUUACGCAGGGAGGCCGAGCGGAUUGUCACGUUAGUUGAGUUGAUGGGGAGGGAGAGCAGGAAGCCUUGUUAUGGUGGCGGGGUCGUUACCGUUAUGGCGGCGUUGAGGGCGAGGUUUGUACUUGAGAGGAGUGAGCAGGGUGCGAGGGAGUUUGUGGACGAGUUGGUGGGGAAGAGUGCGGGGAGUUAUUACACGCGGCUUUAUGAUACUUUUCAGUAUCGGACGCAGGGGAUUUAUUAA